GAGCUGAAGCAAGGGGUUCGAGAGCCGAGUGAAUACGGCCCACUAGUUUAUAAGUCAUCCCCUUAAACCUCGAAAGGGUGGAGAGAGGGCGAGGAGGAAAAGGGGAGAAGGGAUGACUGAGAAGGAGGGGGAUUAAGAAGCAACAGGGGAACAAACACAGGCGCUGGAAGAAUAAAAAGGAGCAACAAAAUAAGGUGGAAUUCUGGGAUUUUCCAAAAUUACAUCACAUUUAUCACUUUUCUAGUGGUGUGGUCCAGCAGCUGCAAGGAUGUGGAUGGAUACCAAAACAGAGGUGAAGGAGGCCAGCAGGAACCGUGCCAACCUGAGUCGGCGUGUAUUGAACGGUCUGCUGUUGUGUACUGGGGACAUGGAGUACUUGGAUAAGUACGUGCAAGACAAGCUUUUUGUGCUGCAGCUGGCGGUUUGGGGCCUGAGAGGGGUGACCCAGGUGAUCCUAGCCAACAACCCGCUGAGUGGUGCUCUCAUUAUGGGCGCACUGUACUGGGCCUCCCCCUGGCAGGGCCUGCUGGGAACUCUGGGCGUACUGGCCUCUACACUAACAGCUGUUAUAAUGGGGCAAGACAGUGCUGAGGUGUCAAGAGGUCUCCAUGGUUUUAAUGGCAUGUUGGUGUCUCUGCUGAUGGGGGUGUUCAGCUCAGCUGGAGACUGGUACUGGUGGCUGCUGCUGCCUGUCUGCUUGGGGUCAGCUACAUGUGUAUUCCUGUUCAGCGGUCUCUCCUCAGUGUUGGACCGCUGGGACUUGCCUGUUGCUGUGUUUCCCUUCAACAUCGUCAUUGUCCUCUACCUCCUUUGUACCGGCCCAGACAACCCUUACUUCCCACACCACCCGGCUACACCACCGGGGGCGCUGGAGCUCAAUGAUACUAAGCUCAUUGCAGUAGAGGUAUUGCGUGGCAUCCCUCUGGGUGUGGGUCAGAUCUUUGCCUGUGGAGCCCUGGGGCCCUCCCUCCUCAUCCUGGGAGCUGUUCUGCUCUACUCCCCCCUGCUGGCAGCUCAUGCUCUGCUUGGAUCGGCAAUUGGAACAUUGGCUGGGUUAUCCAUGGCAGUGCGUCAUGAGUCCCUGUACUCAGGUCUAUCGGGGUUUAACGGAGCUCUGGGCUGUAUGGCUGUCGGAGGGCUUUUCUUCACCUUCAGCUGGAGGACUCACCUCUUUGCCAUCGCCAGUGCCUUCCUCUCUGCAUAUGCUGACAUCGCUCUGAGCAAUCUGCUGGGAACUGUUGGUCUCCCAGCAUGCAGUUGGGCAGCUACUCUGACAGCCACACUGAUGUUGCUGCAGACUGGCAGUGUAGCAGAGUAUCGCAUCCCUAUUGGUCAAGUCAUGGCUCCUGAACAUAACCUGCGCUCCCACAGCCAAUGGGAAGCUGGGAACGCUGAAGAGAGAAAGAGCACUGAUGUGUGACGUAUUGUACCGUACUGUAUCAGUACUUUGAAUGUCUGAGUUAGAUGAAACACAUUAAAUAUAUUAUAAACGUUUUCUAAAUAGAUUAUUUGUAAGUACACUGUUAAAAAAUAGAUUCAACACUUUGAGGAACUGCCACUCUAUAUUUUGUCCACAAGGUGGCAAUAUAUGUUCAGAUAUUAAAUGCUGAAGCUGUUUAUAGAGCAUCUCAAUUAUUAUAUAAGCCUCUGUAUUCAUAGCCAGCAUUUCAAUUAAAUGUGUAACAUUUCCAACAAAGUUUUGCCACUUGUUUUAUUCCAGUGAGUCAGUUUUAACUCAGAGAGACAUAAAAAAGCAAUUUAAAGGGAAAGAAAACUUCUUUUAAUUGCAUGAAAUCAACAAGUCAGUUCAAUAAAAUCAUUUGUUUUUAAAAUGACAGUUUUAACUGUUAUUGUCAAUAAAAACACAGACUGAAUUCGACAGUUAAUAUUUUUUUAACCCCUUCAUUACCCUGCAUAGACAUACUACAACAUAGCACUCCACUGGGACUCAUUGUAAAAACAGACAUGUACCUCAAUGCAGGCAGACAGAGAGACAAUGAGUACACAUGUGAUGUGUUUCUGAAAUGGAUGGAGUGGUCAGCUGCUUGGGCCUGGAAGUUAAAGGCAACUGUUUGUAUCUUAUCAUUAUUAUCAUUAUUAUUAUUAUUAUUAUUACAUAGUCUUAUUAUUAUGAAAUUUGCUUAAAUGAAAAGUGGAGGUGUUCCGUGGUUCAUUAUUAGACUUUGUCUUUUUUCACAUUGCUUCAUGUUGCCUGUGUAAAUUAUUAUUUUUUUGUGUGUAUUUCCCAUCAGCAUCUAUAUUCCCAAACACACACAUGUCUACAUUCACACACAAACCAUAC